ACAUUCUUGAGUAUCACUACAAUCAAUCAAGGUCGUGACAAUUUGUUAAUGUAAAACCUUCGAUGAAUGGCUCUUCGUCUUGUCGGUCACAACUGAACUGUCGAAUCAGCUGUCUUCAAACUGAGACCGUGAUAAAAUUGACGAGUUAGCCAGCUAGCUAGCUUUUGGACGAAAUUUUGUUAAAUCACAAGCUUCUGUGUUUUAUUUCGAUGUUGUGACGGAAACAGCUGUCUCUGCUUCUCACAACUGCUUAGGUUAUUUUUAACUGCAUUGUAUUUGCGGUCAUUUUAUAAUUCAAACGGGGAGAUCAAUUGGAGAAAAGGUAAUAAUAUGCUAACGAUAACUAGCUAGCUUGCUAGCCCAGCUCCUGCUUGUCCUGGGCGUGUUUUCAGAGGUUAUGCGUAGACAACAAGACUACAUAAGCAAGGUGAAGUAGCCAGUUAAUUAUCAACUCUGAUAAUAAACAUGGAGGCUCUUCACUGUCAUUAUCCUGACAGUCCUAACCUGAUAACUAGUUCUGUUUUGUUGUUGGCUAGCUUGCUAACUAUUUAACGAUUGAUUUUAGCUAUUGGUCUUGCUUGCCACGCUAUGUUUCAUGUGCAGCUGGUUGUUCAGGAUAAAACCACGAGCAUUCUCAACAAAAAAGAUUAAGAACGCGAUAUUCAGUUGGUUUUGGCCCAUGGCAUUAGGCUAGUUGGGCCUUUUGUUGUAGCCAUAUAACGUUAGCCUCCAUAAUAACACUUAGCGCCCUUAUUUGCUAUGCAUAUCUAUUAUCUUAACUAUGGACAGGGCCACAUAUCAAAACACCCUGCUGAUACCAUAUCAUUAGCUAACUACAUUGCUUUAACCUGUGUUAUCAUGUGUCAAUGUGGACUCCCACGCUAUAUUUUCAGCCAAGUGUCCAAAGAAUGCAACUAACGUUAACUAACUACUGUAGCUAGCUAGUAGGUCUACACACCAAGACAAUAAUGGUGAUGCUUUUCAAGUGACCUGUCAAACUGAUUGUUUUUCACAAAUCACAAUAUGUUGCUCAUACUGAUUACAGUAUUUGAACAGGUUGAUACAUCAUUACCAUUUAAUAUUGGCAGGGUCUUAAUGUCAAUUGGUUUUUUUGGUCAUGCAUUUUGCCAAAAAUAAAAGCAUUUAGAGACUGUUGUCACUGAAAUGGAUGUCAUUGUAAUGAAUAGGUUCGGUACUGUACAGCUAAAUCUGACCUGAUCCUAUUAUGUACACAGUGUGAAGGGGCUGGUUUGAUGUGCAAGGCACUGCGAGAGGAGGCACCAUGAGUGGGGAGCUGGAUGCACUGACUGUGGUGAACCAGCUACGAGAUCUUGCAGCUGACCCCCUCAACAGACGAGCCAUAGUACAGGACAACGGCUGCUUACCGGGGCUCAUCCUCUUUCUGGACCACCCCAACCCUCAGGUCGUAUACUCAGCAUUAUUGGUAAGGCUCAUCCACCACCAUUUGACCAUUUUGUUGGCUAUGCAUAAGGUCAGGAGUUUUUCCUGAACAUAUGACCUGGAAAAACUCCAGGCCCUAUUAUGCAGAAAUGUGACCUGAUCCUAUGAUCAAAUUAUCAAAAGGAAUUGGAACAGGGAAGAAGGACAGUCUAUCUUGAGUAUACCAUGCAGCAUGCGGUAAGUCAUUCAUAAGCAGCCCCCCCUGCUGUCAGGUUGUGUCAGGACAAGUUAGGUUAGAGUGACGGUGCGGAGGGCAAUCCACUGUGUCGGCGCCAGGCAGAAACACUGAUAUUUACCCAGCAACAUCUACAACAGGUUUUCCCAAACUCGGUCCAGGCUGUAAUAAUGCUCAUUAAAACUAGUUGCAAAAUAAACUAGAAAAUAUCAACAGAAAAAUAAAUUAAAAAGUGGUAGGUUGCAUCACCCAUAUCUGUAGACCGCAACAAAAAUAAAAUUGUGUUUUCUUGUAGCUACAUGAUUCAACAAUGUCAGUGUUUGGAGAAGAGUGUUCUUGGGCACAUCUCCUAGGAUGCGCACACACACAUCUGAGUGCUUUAUAUAAUAGUUCUUAUUUAGUGGUGACCUGGACAGUGUACACUCAGAGCCUGUACUUGUUACGUGUUUGCAUUGGUUAUGCAACACACACACACACACAGUACUAGCUCUCACAAGUGGUGUAAAGUACUUACAUUUUUUUGGGUAUCUGUACUUUACUAUUUAUAUUUUUGACUACUUUUACUUCACUACAUUCCUAAAGAAAAUAAUAUACUUUUUACUCCAUACAUUUUCCCUGACACCCAAAAGUACUCGUUCAUUUUGACAGGAAAAUGGUCCAAUUCACGCACUUAUCAAGAGAACAUCCCUGGUCAUCCCUACUGCCUCUGAUCUGGCGGAAUGACUAAACACACAUGCUUCGUUUAUAAAUAAUGUCUGAGUGUUGGAGUGUGCCCCUGGCUAUCCGUAAAUAUAUAAACAAGAAAAUUGUGCCAUCUGCUUUGCUUAAUAUAAGGAAUUUGAAAUGAUUUAUACUUUUACUUUUGAUACUUACAGUGGGGGAAAAAAGUAUUUAGUCAGCCACCAAUUGUGUAAUUUUCAUCAUAGGUACACGUCAACUAUGACAGACAAAUUGAGAAAAAAAAUCCAGAAAAUCACAUUGUAGGAUUUUUAAUGAAUUAAUUUGCUAAUUAUGGUGGAAAAUAAGUAUUUGGUCACCUACAAACAAGCAAGAUUUCUGGCUCUCACAGACCUGUAACUUCUUCUUUAAGAGGCUCCUCUGUCCUCCACUCGUUACCUGUAUUAAUGGCACCUGUUUGAACUUGUUAUCAGUAUAAAAGACACCUGUCCACAACCUCAAACAGUCACACUCCAAACUUCACUAUGGCCAAGACCAAAGAGCUGUCAAAGGACACCAGAAACAAAAUUGUAGACCUGCACCAGGCUGGGAAGACUGAAUCUGCAAUAGGUAAGCAGCUUGGUUUGAAGAAAUCAACUGUGGGAGCAAUUAUUAGGAAAUGGAAGACAUACAAGACCACUGAUAAUCUCCCUCGAUCUGGGGCUCCAUGCAAGAUCUCACCCCGUGGGGUCAAAAUGAUCACAAGAACGGUGAGCAAAAAUCCCAGAACCACACGGGGGGACCUAGUGAAUGACCUGCAGAGAGCUGGGACCAAAGUAACAAAGCCUACCAUCAGUAACACACUACGCCGCCAGGGACUCAAAUCCUGCAAUGCCAGACGUGUCCCCCUGCUUAAGCCAGUACAUGUCCAGGCCCGUCUGAUGUUUGCUAGAGUGCAUUUGGAUGAUCCAGAAGAGGAUUGGGAGAAUGUCAUAUGGUCAGAUGAAACCAAAAUAGAACUUUUUGGUAAAAACUCAACUCGUCGUGUUUGGAGGACAAAGAAUGCUGAGUUGCAUCCAAAGAACACCAUACCUACUGUGAAGCAUGGGGGUGGAAACAUCAUGCUUUGGGGCUGUUUUUCUGCAAAGGGACCAGGACGACUGAUCCGUGUAAAGGAAAGAAUGAAUGGGGCCAUGUAUCGUGAGAUUUUGAGUGAAAACCUCCUUCCAUCAGCAAGGGCAUUGAAGAUUAAACGUGGCUGGGUCUUUCAGCAUGACAAUGAUCCCAAACACACCGCCCGGGCAACGAAGGAGUGGCUUCGUAAGAAGCAUUUCAAGGUCCUGGAGUGGUCUAGCCAGUCUCCAGAUCUCAACCCCAUAGAAAAUCUUUGGAGGGAGUUGAAAGUCUGUGUUGCCCAGCGACAGCCCCAAAACAUCACUGCUCUAGAGGAGAUCUGCAUGGAGGAAUGGGCCAAAAUACCAGCAACAGUGUGUGAAAACCUUGUGAAGACUUACAGAAAACGUUUGACCUGUGUCAUUGCCAACAAAGGGUAUAUAACAAAGUAUUGAGAAACUUUUGUUAUUGACCAAAUACUUAUUUUCCACCAUAAUUUGCAAAUAAAUUCAUAAAAAAUCCUACAAUGUGAUUUCUGGAAUUUUUUUCUAAUUUUGUCUGUCAUAGUUGACGUGUACCUAUGAUGAAAAUUACAGGCCUCUCUCAUCUUUUUAAGUGGGAGAACUUGCACAAUUGGUGGCUGACUAAAUACUUUUUUCCCCCACUGUAAGUAAAUUUAAGCAAUUCAAUUUUCUUUUGAUACUUAAGUAUAAUUAAAACCAAAUACUUUUAGACUUUUACUCAAGUAGUAUUUUACUGGGUGACUUUUACUUGAGUCAUUUUCUAUUAAGGUAUCUUUACUUUUACUCAAGUAUGACAAUUGAGUACUUUUUCCACCACUGGCUCUCACUGCGCUUAAGUGGCUGGUUGGCUGCUCAGCCGUGUCUGUGUGUUUGUGUGUAUGAAUCUUUGCCUUUCUGAGUUUUAACACACACUCCCUCACCUUCACACAGACACACACACACACAACCAGAGAUAGUGAUAGCCCAAGGUUCGUUUAAGCUGUAAUGGCUUCCCUUGUCGUUCCAGGCUGUGCGCUACCUGGCAGAAUGUCGGACCAACAGAGAGAAGAUGAAGGGAGAGCUGGGCAUGAUGCUGAGUCUGCAGAAUGUCAUGCAGAAGUAAGUCCCCUCCCGUCACCGCACACAUUGGAAUGAGCACACACACACACUGUGCACUUUUCACUGAAAACCUGAUCCUGGUAUUUCUCUUGUUUUCAGAGGACAAUAAUUACCUCAGUGCCUGUCUGCAAAUGUUCUUGACAGGAAGGUUGUCUAAGGUUGCCAUGUCAGGAUAAAUUAGAUUAAUCCUGAAUUAAAGUCUGCAGGUAAACAAUUAAUUAGUUGUUUCCACACAUUGAGGGAUUUAAUGCAACCUGCCACUUGUUUUAAAAAAUAUCACAAUUGAUCUAGUCAGUAUCCCCACUGGUUUUUGUUAAAUUCUGAAUAAUGUUAGGGUUGCCAGGUAUUUCUCUCAAGGACGGUUAUCUCAGCUAAGUAGCUAAGUCUACACUUUCAUCACUGCGUCUGUCUCUUCAAAUAAAUACAUGUUAAUGUCUAUUGAAUGCCCUUUAGUUAGGCAUAAACAUUUAAUUUGCCCUUACUGUAUACUAGGCCUGGGAAUUGCCAGGGACCUCACGAUACGAUGUUAUAACCAUACUUAGGUGCCGAUACGGUAUGUAUUGAGAUUCGAUACUGCACAUUUUUUUGCUGUUUGAUGUUCCAAACAUAUUGCUCACUAUAUGUCUGCUGCAGUGGGAUGACAGAGCAUGAUUUUUUAAAAUCAGUCAUGGACAUAAAAGUGCUGAAAACAUGCUGGCUCACUAUUUUAAAAGAAGAUGGAGAACCAGCUAUAGGAUGAAAAAUACAGAGUUUUGGCGCAGAUACAGCCGACUAGCGUUAGCUAACGCUACCUAGCGGCAACAAAAACAACAACAAAUAUUUGUUUUUUCUAAUCGAUACUUGAAGUCAAAGUAUCGAUUUAUAAUAUCGUCCAAAAUAAUAUUGCGAUAUGUAACUGUAUCGAUUCCCCCCCCCUCCCCCAUAUCACUACUUAGUCAUUCAGUAAAAAAAGAUUGUGUUAAAAAGAAUGCCCUCUGUUACCUUUGGGUACCUUGCUAAAUCAAUAUGACUUACACAUUCUGGUCACCCAGAGGGGUCUCUAUACCUCCGAGGUGUGGGUGCUCCAGAUAGGAGGUUGUGUGCUCCCCCCCCACCCCCACUCCCCCUUGUGAGAGUAUCUGGAGGGUGUGUGGUGUUAAGUGACUGCUGUUUAUGACUGGCACUCAGAAGUGUGCCAGCGGUUGGCAGGCCUGGUAUCAGGCUGUAUGAUCUUCUCCCAGGGUAUAACUCUCUGUGAGGCUGACCCUGGGCCUAGAGCUAACCGGCCAGUCACUACAGCUAGCGACAGGCCCUAUCAAGAAGGGUCCUGCGGUCACACCGGCCCCCUCUGCUCCUAUUCCACACACAAUGACUUUGGGUGGAGGUCAUUCAUGGCUGGAGAGUGUGAACACAAGACUGAAGGGAAAGUCUAGCUAAGUUACCACUCCCAAGGCUCUGUAUUAUUAUUAUUAUUAUUAUUAGUACAGAGAUUUAGCUUGUGAACUGAGCUUUGUCCAGUCCAUUCACACAGAAGAACAAUGCCUAUAGCUUUCCGUAAGCCUGUCGCAUGCUUCCCAGUCAAACAUUUUUUGAGACGUUUUGGUGUUCGGCUGGGUUUUUUCCGGCUGUUAGCGCACACAACAUUUUUUUCUUGAGGCAAGUCAAUGUUUGGUAGCCGAAGUCUACACCCCUUUGUCGGUGAUAGGUCAACAGUAGGGGUGGGAACUAUGGACGCAAUUGUUCAAUUAAGUGUUUGCUCUCUUUCAACUAGAGAAACCAUGGAGCGCAGCAGCUAGGCCCUACUGUCCAAGUACUUCGCUCUGCAGCAUAGAAUGGGGCUGGGUUGGCCCCACCCACCACAUGUUUUCAUUGGUUGAGACGCAUUCGCAUUCCACCAUACUCGACACAACAGCCUGCGUCGUGAUACUCCAGCACCUACAUGUCACAGAUCAGUUAGCUGGCGAACAUUGAAGGUUUACAGUCACAUCUAACAAUGAAAAUCGUUUUCUAAUCUAUUUUUGGGUUAAUCAUUUAUGUUGCCUGUAAAUACUUUUUAUGCAUGCUAUGGUGUUCUAGCAAUUCACUUUUUCACAGGCAGAAAAUGUUUGUUUACUCCGUUGAUAUGGUCACCGACUGCGGUCUGUGUGGAAGAGUGGAAUUUGCAGUUCGCCUUCAAAAUAAAAGUCCCUUAUUGAAAGCGAUGCAAAUGGUUACAAAUAGAGGAAUCAUUCCAUAUUUGGACUAGAUAGUGCUAAACAAGGUUGGAAUGUUGUUACAUAAUUACAAAUUUAAAUAGAAUAAUUAGUUAGUUUGACAAUAAACAGAAAACUCCCCCGAUUGAAAUCCCACUGUGGAUGUAUUAGACUGCGUAAUUGCAUUGGGAGCAUACACUGUGUACAUCCUUACCUAUGGAUUGUGCACCCGUGAAACUGGGUAUCAGCCUACUCCGUGACACCCACAGAACACAACUAUGAAGCGUUUACACAAAUAUUCAUAAUAUUAACAUCUGUUACAAAACACCAAAAAGUGUAAUGGCAUUCGGCGAUUGUCAUUGGUUCUACACUCUUGUAGCCUGAAUUAAUUGAUGCGUUUUGCUGACAAAAGGACCUUUUUGUAGAAAAGAGUUGGGACACUUGAAAAUGGGCUGAGAUACAGGACUGUACCUGGAUGACAAGUGCAGUAACAAUUUUUUAAAGUUGUAUUUGUCACAUGCACAGUGAAAUGAUUAACUUGCAAGCCCUACCCAACAGUGCAGUAUUCCAUAUCAAAAUAUUAUAACUAAUAAAACAUUUUUAUUUAAAAUUUAAAAAAACGUAAGAAAUAAGAGAGGAAGCUGUAUACAGGGUCAGUACCAAAUGUACAAUGUGCAGGGAUACUGGAGUAUUUGAGGUAGAUAUGUACAUGUAAACAGGGAUACUGGAGUAUUUGAGGUAGAUAUGUACAUAUAAACAGGGAUACUGGAGUAUUUGAGGUAGAUAUGUACAUAUAAACAGGGAUACUGGAGUAUUUGAGGUAGAUAUGUACAUAUAAACAGGGAUACUGGAGUAUUUGAGGUAGAUAUGUACAUAUAAACAGGGAUACUGGAGUAUUUGAGGUAGAUAUGUACAUGUAAACAGGGAUUAGGAGAAAGUGACUGGUAGCAGGAUUAAUAAUAAUAAUAAUAAUAACCAUGAUACAGAGGUGGGGGUGUUUUGUUUUUCAUUUUUUUAAUAAGCUUUUAUUUUAAUAUUUACCACUGUAGCAGUACAAAUAACAUUUUUAACAAAUAGGAGAAUGGUUAAAUUAGCAUUAUUUAGAACCCCCCAAAGUUUGACUGUUGCAUUAAGGGGGACUCAUGUCUCAUUCAGGGGGUCUGAGACCCCCCUGGCACCCCCGUAAUUCACACUCGGCACCAUGAAAUGGGGUAUCAGCCUACUCAGUGACACCCACAGAACACAACUAUGUGGAGUUUACAUAAAUAUUAGCGUCUUAGCUCGUACUGAAGGACUCUGAAACCACUGUGAAAUUAGCCACAUUAGCUCUGAAUGUUCAUAGUUGUGUUCUGUGGGUGUCACUGAGUAGGCUGAUAAUCUGUUUCAUUGGUGCACAAUCCAUAGGUAAGGCUGUACAUUGCAUAUACAGUGCAUUCAGAAAGUAUUCAGACACCUUCACUCUUUCCACAUUUUGUUACAUUGCUGCCUUAUUCUAAAAUUGAUUAAAUUGUUUUUUUUCCCCUCAUCAAUCUACACACAAUACCCCAUAAUGCAAAAACACGUUUUUUAGAAAUCUUAGCAAAUUUAUUAAAAAUAAAAAACGGAAAUAUUACAUUUACAUAAGUAUUCAGACCCUUUACUCAGUACUUUGUUGAAUCACCUUUAGCAGCGAUUACAGUCUUGAGUCUUCUUGGGUAUGACGCUACAAGCUUGGCAAACCUGUGUUUGGGGAGUUUCUCCCAUUCUUCUCUGCAGAUCCUCUCAAGCUCUUUCAGUUUGGAUGGGAAGCAUUACUGCACAGCUAUUUUCAGGUCUCUCCAGAGAUGUUCGAUCGGUGUUCAAGUCCGGGCUCUGGCUGGGCCACUCAAGGACAUUCAGAGACUUGUCCCGAAGCCACUCUUGCGUUGUCUUGGCUGUGUGCUUAGGGUCGUUGUCCUGUUGGAAGGUGAACCUUCGCCCCAGUCUGAGGUCCUGAGUGCUCUGGAGCAGGUUUUCAUCAAGGAUCUCUCUGUACUUUGCUCCGUUCAUCUUUGCCUCGAUCCUGACUAGUCUCCUAGUCCCUGCCGCUGAAAAACAUCCCCACAGCAUGAUGCUGCCAUCACCAUGCUUCACCGUAGAGAUUGUGACAGGUUUCCUCCAGACGUGACGCUUGGCAGUCAGGCCAAAGAGUUCAAUCUUGGUUUCAUCAGACCAGAGAAACUUGUUUCUCAUGGUCUGAGAGUCCUUAGGUGCCUUUUGGCAAACUCCAAGCGGGCUGUCAUGUGCCUUUUACUGAGGAGUGGCUUCUGUCUGGCCACUCUACCAUAAAGGCCUGAUUGGUGGAGUGCUGCAGAGAUGGUUGUCUUUCUGGAAGGUUCUCCCAUCUCCACAGAGGAACUCUGGAGCUCUGUCAGAGUGACCAUUGGGUUCUUGGUCAACUCCCUGACCAAGGCCCUUCUCCCCCGAUUGCUCAGUUUGGCCAGGCAGCCAGCUCUAGGAAGAGUCUUGGUGGUUCCAAACUUCUUCUAUUUAAGAAUGAUUGAGGCCACUGUGUUCUUGGGGACCUUCAAUGCUGCAGAAAUGUUUUGGUACCCUUCCCUAGAUCUGUGCCUCGACACAAUCAUGUCUCUGAGCUCUACGGACAAUUCCUUCGACCUCAUGGCUUGGUUUUUGCUCUGACUUGAACUGUCAACUGUGGGACCUUUAUAUAGACAGGUGUGUGCCUUUCCAAGUCAUGUCCAAUCAAUUGAAUUUACCACAGGUGGACUCCAAUCAAGUUGUAGAAACAUCUCAAGGAUGCUUAAUAGAAACAGGAUGCACCUGAGCUCAAUGUAGAAAUCGCUCCGCCAUUUCCUGGUUGCUAAAAUUUUAAUAGUUUGCCUAAUUUCAGUUUAUGUGACAAAACAAGCAAGUAUAGUGUAGAGAAUCAUUGUACCAUCUUAAACCACUGUGAAAUAUAUUUUCCAUAACCACAGAUAUUGUCUUUUCAGCUGUUUAUAACCACAAAUGUUGUAUUUUCAGCUGUUUGACGCAGGUUUACAAAACGCAAAAACAAAACUUAAGCACGGGAAGCAUAGACAUAGCACCCGUAGAACAUAUCUACCGCUUCUUAGACUUGGUUUCAAUGAGUGACAGAUCUAUAACACACAUUUCUAUGUGAAUUUGGUCAGGUUGCCCAAAAAGUUACUUAUUGCAGCUUUAAAUGAUAUUAGACUACUACUUUCAUUAACAGUAUAAUUAUUCGACCUUUUAGAGACGGACAGAGACCUUUGUGAAUGUUUGGCCAUUUAUGAGUGUAGUGUGGUAAUUUCUCCUCCAACGAGGCUGGCUAUUUAUACAGUGAAAAGGUCAGGUGGUGACAGGCCUGUCACACUGGCUCUCUGUAGGGGACCACCCUACACUGGCUCUCACCCCCCCCCCCCCCCCCCCCCCCCCCCCCCCCCCCCCCCCCCCACCCCACCCCACCCCACCCCCCCCCCUCCAUGCAGCUGCAGUAUGUCUGGCAGAGAGACACGUUUUAGAAAUAUCAACCACUCAGCCCAGUCGGCUCUGGGAGAGACUUGGACAGGCCCAGACCACAGGAGAGGACACCCAACUGUAAAGGAGACCACCGUCGUCGUGUUGUACAGAGAGGAAGAGUAGACAUGGAUACUUUGCUGUUUAUGCGUCCACUUCCUUAUUGACAUGGAUUCAUUGGUACCAUCUUGCCCUUGUCUGGAUUUGAAGAGAGGACUUGGACAUGACGAAAAAGUCAAGGUUAUUGAAAUAAAAUGUGUAAAAAGAAAAUCUCACACAGCAAGUAUGCCUUUGUUUGCAGAGAUAACUGUCCACAAAAUUAUUUUAAAAAAUGUAACUUUUGAUACUUAACUUCUUUAUUUCUCCCGCCCUCUAUUCUCCCCCCCCCCCCACCUCUCUCUCUCCCUCCCUAACCCUCCCCUUCCACCCUCCCCCUCAUCUCCACCCCCUCCCUCCCUCUCUCCCACCUCUCUCUCCUCCCUAACCCUCCCUCAGGAGCACCUCCCCAGGGGAGACCAAGCUGCUGGCAUCUGAGAUUUAUGAGAUUCUGCAGGCGGCUGGUAAUGACCAGGCAGAGCAGGCCGAGGCUGAGGCUGCCUCCUGCAGACGCAAGGCCCACUUCUUCCUGGGCUCCACCAACAAGAGGGCCAAGACUGUGGUGCUGCACAUCGAUGGCCUGGACGACUCAGUGAGUGGAUGGUGGUGUCUCCAGCUUGUACACACACAGUCCCAUAACACACCCUGAGGAGAGCAGUUUGCCAGACCGAAGGUCCAGGCUACAUUCCAAACUGGUUGCUUGCUCCAUGAUUUCUUGCCUUAAUGUGUCUCCCUGGGAUGAAAAUUGGCGAAAAAAUAGAAUCUCAGUUGUCGUUAUUGUGAUAGGUUAACACAGUCGAUAAGUCACCACCUCUAAGAAUCCUUGAGUUGGGCAUAUUGUCGCCCUGUUGUCAAUGUGACCACAUAGUCUAACGCACAUUGUCAGGUAGUGUGGGUCAGUGUUGUAAAUGUCAGCCAUUGAACAGCAGGGUGUUGAGAUUAAACCUGAACACCACACCACAGGAUAGCUGCACCUGGCCAGAUCACAUUACACCAGACAGACAGCCUCAGUGACGACCACACAUACCAUAACACACACACAAGACAAUGGAAGAUGAGCUCUAUUACUGUGUUGGACCUGUGUAUGAAUGCAACAUUAAACCCCUCCAUCUGAAUAGAAUGUGAAGGUUUACAGGGUUUCUGGGUGACCAUUUUAUGUCAAGACUGGAUUGGCCUUGUCGUCUGUACAUUUUACCUGUCUCUCUCCAUCCCUCAGACUCGUAGAAGUCUGUGUGAGGAGGCCCUGUUGAAGAUCCGAGGGGUGAUCAGCUUCACCUUCCAGAUGGCUGUGAAGAGGUGUGUGGUCAGGAUCCGCUCUGACCUCAAGGCUGAGGUGAGUUACCCUAUCCACAAUGUAAUUCCAUGGCACUGGGAAAUGGAUGAAGAACAUCCCUCUUUUGAUUACUUUGUAAUCCUGUGAUGAAGAGCCUCCAUCUUUGUGUUCCUCAGGCACUAGGCACGGCGAUCAACUCCACCAAGGUGAUGAAGGCUGCACAGGUGGUGAAGGGAGAGGAUGGAGGAGAGGUGAGUAGAGUAGAGAGAGGGAGGGAGGGAUAGUACUGUCAAAUCAAAUUCAACUUUAUUUAAAGUGCAUUUAAAAUCACAACUCACUUUACAGUAAAACAAUAAAAUGAAGGUGAACAGAAGCUAAUAAAAGAAUGUUUAAAAAAUAUAUAAAAAAAGAUGUCUAAAAUAAUCAGUGGUGUAAAGUACUUAAGUAAAAAUACUAUACGUUUUUUUGGGGGGUAUCUGUACUUUAAUAUUUAUAUUUUUGACAACUUUUACUUUUACUUCACUACAUUCCUAAAGAACAUUAUGUACUUUUGACUCCAUACAUUUUCUCUGACACCCAAAAGUACUUGUUACAUUUAGAAUGCUUAGCAGGACAGAAAAGGGUCAAUUUUACACACUUAUCAAGAGAACAUCCCUGGUCAUCCCUACUGCCUUUGAUCUGGUGGACUCACUAAACACAUGUUUCGUUUGUAAAUUAUGUCUGAGUGUGACCCUGGCUAUCCAUAAAUAAAUAAAAACAAGAAAAUGGUUCCGUCUGGUUUGCUUAAUAUAAGGAAUUUGAAAUUAUUCGUACUUUUACUUUUACUAUUGAUACUUAAGUAUAUUUUAGCAACUACAUUUACUUUUGAUACUUAAGUAUAUUUAAAACCAAAUACUUUAAGACUUUUACUCAAGUAGUAUUUUACUGGGUGACUCACUUUUACUUGAGUCAUUUUCUAUUAAUUUAUCUUUACUUUUACUAAAGUAUGACAAUUGGGUACUUUUUCCAGCUCUGAAAAUAAUUUUGAAAUUAUUGAUUCAAGCCCAUGCUCAAUAACUGUAAAAUAAUGUAUUAAACUUCAAGCUAAAAGAGUGGGUUUUCAAACGUGAUUUAUAAACCGAAACUGUGUCUGGCCCUCUUACCUGACAGGGUAAGUCGUUAUAUUAGUGUGCUGUUGCAGCUUUGACUAGGACUUCUUCUUUCUUUGGAAAUGUCCACACCCAGUGGGAGUAGGCAUGGGGAUUAGGAAUGGUAGAGCUCUUUGCCAGCCCAUACGUCUCUAUAUCUUGGUGUGCUGGGGAUAUGUCUAUAUCUUGGUGUGCUGGGGAUAUGUCUAUAUCUUGGUGUGCUGGGGAUAUGUCUAUAUCUUGGUGUGCUGGGGAUAUGUCUAUAUCUUGGUGUGCUGGGGAUAUGUCUAUAUCUUGGUGUGCUUGGGAUAUGUCUAUAUCUUGGUGUGCUGGGGAUAUGUCUAUAUCUUGGUGUGCUGGGGAUAUGUCUAUAUCUUGGUGUGCUUGGGAUGGUAGCUUGAUCCCAGAUGAAUCUGGGUUAUUUGGAGUGACACCAUUAGCUGGUCAUAUCACUCUGUCCUAAGGGCAUUACUCACCGCCAAGUCACAUGACCAAUCCCAGCAUGCCCUGGGAGCAGUAUGGCACUACACCAUGUAUCUUUGGGAAACCACAACCCCCAUCAGAGGAGACAGAGCCACCAACAGAACUCUCCCUCCUGUCUGAAGUAGUUAAAUUAGACUAGGGGGAGUUUUCUUCCUUGGGGUGCUCAAUCAUGGCCUGAAAUGGCCCUCUCCAAAACAAGCCACAGCUCCUCACUGACCUGCUGCUGUUCCUCUUCUGUCCAUCAGGGGGCAGAGCUGGUUGAUUUAUGUUUCAGAGAUGACAGUGGAGAGGUAGAGAAUAGCUUGAAGUUGCCUGAUCUUGGUGUUGUUUUGUCUGCACUAUUUUUGUCCCCCACAAUGAAAUUGGGGAGGGGACUGUGGAUCUGUCUACGUCCAUAUGUUCGUCACACACAAUAUCUCAGACAGCACUGGCCCGAUUUUGACGUAACUUGGGUGAAUGAUGCGUCUUGCCAUAGAGAUCCAGCAUUUACAUAAUUACACUGAUUGUCCAGAUGGUGGCGCUAUAACAAGCGAUUGUAAAUGCCUACCUUGAAAGGUCACGCCACUCAACCCGUUUGACCUAAAGUCAUGAAAUCCGGUACAUAGAUCCCUCUCCUCACAAGGAACACAUUUGCCUCAUGGACCCAUAAGGUCCGCCAUGAUGGAUUUUCAGCCAUUUAGAAUUUUGUGAAAAACACUUAAAACGCUACUCUGGCACCGAAUGACCGAUCUGCAUAAAACUUGAUAUGUUGCAUCUAUGGACAAAGGUCUCUCAACACAAUAUUUUCCAGAUUAGUACCUCAAACAACAUGGCCACUAUUGACUAAUAAACAUUAACGUGGGCGUGGUCUGGCACAUAAAUGCAUAUAAUUCAGUCACAGAUAUUCGUAUUGUAACAAAAUUUGGUAAACAUGUUGCAAACACUGUCAAGACUCAACAUAUGCAAGAACAUUCAUAUCAACCACACGGUGGCGCUAUAAAGGGGACAUUUUUUGUUACUACCAGUAUAGUCUAGUUUGAAUUGUCACUAAUUGGCCCAAGUUGGGGGGAGGGGGCGGCGGCGGCGGCGGCAUCAUUCGUGGAAGACGACAUGUUUACUGUUGCCUUGUUUAAUUAAACCUGUUUGCUACUAGGCAUGGAUUCUGAACAAUUGUUGUCUAUCUCUCUCUCCCCCCUCCCUCUGUCUGUCCCACCCUCCCUCCCACCGUCCCUACGUCCCACACUCUCUCCCUCCCUCCCUCCAUCUGUUCCCCCAGCUGAUGCUUCCAUUCCAGGAGGGUGCGGAGGUGGUGGUGGAGCACAAUGUGGACAUCCCAGACUACCUCCCCGAGGAGGAAAGCCCGUCUCAGGAGCAGGACAAGGCCGUGACCCGCGUGGGCUCCAUCACAGACGGCGUGGGCUGGCUCAGCACCGCCGCCAACUUCCUGUCCCGCUCCUUCUACUGGUGACCACUUCCUGUGUCAGUCCCCAUCGUCACAACCCGAUACCACCAACUGACGGUCGAUCGCUUAGGCCACCAGCCCUGCCCCUUCCCCAGUCAUCCAGCUCUUCUACUCUCUAGUCCCUCUCAGCAGCCACACAGAGUACAACUCUGCUCAGUGUGUCUAUAAGGAGCACUGGACUGCCAAGCACAACCUACAUUGGGUUGCAAAAUUCCGGGAACUUUCAAUAAAUUCCCUGGUUUUCCCGAAAUCCCGGUUGGAGGAUUCCCGGAAUCAGGAGGGAAGAAGCUGGAAAGCCGGUAGCCUCCAACCAGGAUUUCUGGAAAACCAGGGAAUUUACUGACAGUUGCUGGAAACUUGCAAUCCUGAACCUGCAAUAACCUUCACUUGUAUAUAAGAGGAAAUAAGCUAAGAACAUGCUAGCUACUGU